AUGUCAAAUCUCAGACCCAUAAUCACGAUUUGUGGGACCACGGGCGUCGGAAAGUCCAAGCUGUCCAUCGAGCUGGCUCUCAAGAUUGCUCAAGGAAUACACGGAUGGAGAGGCGCGAGGAUCAUCAACGCCGACUCCAUGCAAGUAUACACUGGGAUGGACGUGAUCACGAACAAAGUCCCAGUCGCGGAAAGAAUGGGAGUCGAGCACCUUCUCAUGGACUUCAAGCAGCCUGGGGAGCAGUACGUUGUGGGCCAGUGGGUCCAAGACGCUAUCAAGGCGAUCGACGAGACGCACCGGAUGGACAUGAUACCGAUUAUUGUCGGCGGUACAUCUUAUUGGAUCCAACAUCUCAUGUUUCCGAAUCGGCUGCCCACUCCAGGGCAAACGUUAUCGGAUUCCGUCGCGCAGUCCAUUGCCAACUUGCCUCCCGAACUCCUCGAGCUAUUCAAUGCGCUUCCAGAGCAUCCUCCAUCCGCAGCAUCUCACCCUCAGGAUGCGAUGUUGCUGCACAGACUUCUCACUGCGCUCGACGAACCAGUCGCUCAGCGAUGGCAUUGGAGAGAUACGCGCAAAGUGAUGGGAAGCCUUCGUGUGAUCAAAGACACCGGGAAGGCCCCGAGCGAAAUUAUCAUCGAGCAGUCUAAAACGGCGUUGAUUCCGAGGUAUCGAACCCUGUGUUUCUGGCUCUAUGCCGAGCCUUCCAUCUUGAAUGAGCGCUUGGAUGCAAGGGUAGACGACAUGAUCAAGGAAGGGCUGUUGAAUGAAAUCAAAGAACUCCGAGCGAUCGCUUCCUCCCCCGCAUGCAGUUCGCCUGACGGAGUCGUCGCAGGGCCUUCCGACGAAUCAGCCGUGCAGCAGACUGAUUAUACUGUCGGCAUCUAUCAGUCUAUCGGAUAUAAAGAGUUUCAUGACUAUCUCGCUUCUGCAGAGCCCUCCGAGAAGGUUUUUGCGUCCGCUGUGGAGCAAAUGAAGUACGGGACGAGGCAAUAUUCGAAGCGUCAGAUACGGUGGUUGAAGAACAAGCUUCUUCCUGCUAUCUAUAGCGCGAAUGGAGGUGGCGAUCAUGCGGCUGCCCUCCUCCCGGUUUACCUUUUAGACGCCACUGAACUCGGCGACCAGUGGACAUCUCAUGUUCUCAACCAAGGCGAACGUAUCGUUGAAGCUUUCCUUGGCAAUGAGACAUUGGUCGAUCCCCUAUUACUGUCCGAAAGGGCGCGGGAGAUGCUGACGAUCGACGUCAAACCUACGAGUCCCACAGAAAUAUUGCGGGCGCGGAAGAAGGUGGUGUGCCGUGCGUGUACGCUUGAUCCGUCGCAGCCCUUCAUGGUCGAAGAUGGCUCUCAGUGGGAAGCCCAUCGACGGUCCCGCACUCAUAGACGACACGCUUCGAGAGAUAAGAAAAUGCAUGGACAGCCGGUCAACCGACGGGUUAUGGUCCAUAGCGACAUUCCCAGCAAGGUCGACGCUGAAGAUCAGCAUCGUUCUAUCGUAUAG